AUGAUGUCUGGAUGGCAUGGAUACAGGACGAAGUCAAUAUGCGGUAUGCUUCGUCGAUUCCGACUCCAUUCAAAGCCACCUAACAUCUCCAGAAUAGUUCUAGGUUUGUACAUCCAUGACGCCGAGCUAGCAAAACUUCAUCAUCACGAGCCUCUACUCCGCCACUCCCUCAGUCGCCUCCCCCAGAUCUCCUCCAACGAGCUUUUCGCUGCAUCUACCGCAAACAGCUGGAAGACAUUAAUGAUCAGAUCUCAUUAUCAGCCUCCCUCCCCAGCUCAUACAAAUCUCUGCUCCUCCACGCCAGAAUUUGCCUCCCUCGGCAUGUUGGAAUCAGUCAGCGCCCUGGCCAGCGAAGAGUUUACCGACGUACUGCAAUGCCACACACUACUAACGACGUGGUAUACGCAAUACGCUCUAGUUUAUAAGCCCGCAUCCUGGCUGAGCCUCCUUAUACUAUGGCAUUCAAUAUUUAUGUCCUUACAUGUCGAUUUCAACAUUCUUGAACUAACUCUUGGGCGCGACGGCGAUGAGGCAUCACAGAAAGCUCUGCCCCAUGCACAGAAAUGGAUUCAUUCUCCAGAUGCAAAACGAUGUCUUUUGCAUGCCAUGCUCUUGCAAAAUCACUGUGAAUCAUUACCCAUGGGCGCUGAGUCGGCAAUUCAUCUCCCUCUUUCUUUGUACCACUGUGGUAUCAUCUGGGCGGCAUUCAUGUGCUUUAGUGAGCAGAACAGCGAUGCCAUUAUCGUCGAUGCAGCGGAUUAUUUACAAUUCGAGGAACUGCACCUCAGUGGUGCUGGGGAUCUGAUGAAUUUCGGGGUCCUCGUGCCUAGCCGUUUGGCUUUGGGUUCUGUGUUUCGAGUUGUUGGUUUAUUGCAAAGAAUUGGACAUUGGAAGAUCUCGAAGAGUUUGGCUUCGACUCUGCUGGGAAUCGUUGAGACGCGGGAAUACCUUUGA